CAACCUGCAGAUUAACUACUGCUCUUCGUUACAGACAAACCUCCCAAUCUUCAAAUUGAAGGAGUCGUGUGUGAGGAGACGAUACAGCGACUUUGAGUGGCUGAAGAAUGAGCUGGAACGUGACAGUAAGAUUGUAGUGCCACCGCUGCCUGGAAAAGCUUUGAAACGACAGCUGCCCUUCCGAGGAGAUGAAGGCAUCUUUGAGGAGUCCUUCAUUGAGGAGCGGAGACAGGGACUAGAACAGUUUAUUAACAAAAUUGCUGGACACCCACUGGCACAGAACGAGCGCUGCUUACAUAUGUUCCUGCAAGAGGAGACUAUCGAUAGGAAUUACGUCCCAGGGAAAGUGCGCCAGUAGGAGCACCUGGCACCGUCUUCCUCCAUUCCACCCUCCCUCCUGCAAAAAUGACAUUUAUUUUUACACUAAAUCUGUCUUCUCUGAACCAGCUUUUCCUCUCUUGAACCUCCCAGUUUGUUCAGUAUUUUCCUCUUUUGUAACUGGCAGCAGCUUGUUCUACUGGGCUAUGGUCUUGGCCAAAAGAUAUGAAGAUUUAUGCAAGUGAGCGUGUUGUCCCACACCGAGGGGCAGACGUGGAUAGGUGUGGAGCAGGAACUUGCUUAUGGUGUAGGAGCUGCCUCUCUCCCUGUACAGGAAGGUAUGAGAUGACCUUCACUCCCCUGUCCGUGCAGCCCCAAGCAUCUCCGCAGGAGACUCUGAAGAAUAGCAGUUGUCAUGUUGGUCAGUGAUCGCAUCAGGUAUUAGAGUUUUAGUAAGGCUUAUCCGAAACAGUGAGUAGGUGCCUGGGUGUGUUGGUCUCUCGUCCACCCCAUUCACCCUGCAUGAAACCCCCGUUCUUCACUGUCUGGAAGUGCUGAGACCCGAGACCUACUCUCUAACCCUGCUCUCAGCCUCCUGCAUUACAGACCCGUUUGGUGUAUUCGUGUUAAUCCCCCUCCUUUCUCAUGCGCUGCUGGCAGCUCGAGGGGUUUCCACGACACGUGUGCUCUCAUGAUGCUCUGCAUGGGCAGUUGGGCGCGUGGAAGCUGGGAUAGCCUGGGCUGUAGCGCAGUGUGUGCU